AUGGUGAUGGAGAAAUCGAAGCGAGCGCGCGCGAGCGAUGCGGGCGGGAAAGAGGCUAAGAAGGCUGCGGUGGAGAACGGACAAGCUGCACCGACAAUGGCGGAGGAGAAGCUAGCGGAAUUCGUGGAGAAGAUGCGGAAACUGCACGAGGAGAUCGAGGAGGUGACGGACAAGGCGACCGAGGAGGUGCUGGAGGUGGAGCGCUCGUUUGUGUCACAACGCCGGAGGCCGCUGUACGAUAAGCGCAAGGCCGUGCUCGAUAAGAUCCCGCACUUCUGGCAGAACGUGCUGUGCAACUGCGGUGCCAUACGUCACAGCACGGUGGAGCAGGAUGUGAAGGUGUUGGACCACCUCACGAGUCUAGACGUGGAGGAAUGCAAGGAGGAGGGCGAUAUUGGCUACACCAUCACCAUGACGUUCAGUCCGAAUCCGUUUUUCAGCAACGAGACACUCACACGGUCGCUGAUAAUGCAAGAUGAGCUCACUCUGCGCGUCACAGGCACUCGCAUCAACUGGAAGGAGGGGCAGGACUACACAGCAGGCAUCAAGGCAUAUGUGGACGAUGAGGAGGAGGAGGAGGAGGAGGGGGGGGAAGAGGGCAAGGAGCAGCUCGUCAGUUUGUUCAGCUGGAUGGCAUUGGACGACGAUUAUCCCAUCUCUGCCACGUGUCUUCCCACUCACCUUUACUCUCCUCCCCUCUCCGCUCCCUCCCCCGUUGCACCCCUCUCCCUUUCCUGCCUCCUCGCGCUGCAGUUUGUUCAGCUGGAUGGCAUUUGGGGACGAUGA